AGCGAGAGAGAGAGAGAGCGAGCGAGAGAGAGAGAGAACACCGAGAGGGUUUCUGCACUCGAACAUGUUCAAUUUGCCCGGCAAAAUACGUCAUGUUCGCUUUGCCCCUCUACAUGCCUGCCUGUCGUAGCGGCAGCGCUGUAGCCUACUGAGAACGGGGAUGAGAGAUGAACCGCAGUUUAUAUGUUGAUAUAUGUUGGAUGCUGCUGCAGCGACGGCCUUCCGUGUUUAGUCCAUGCGGAAGAGUGCUUUCUAAACGGCUAGUAGAGGAUUUCGACCUGGAUAAAAUAGAUUAGGAAGCGGACUCACCCAGAAACAGCUCCAUCCACCCAUACCAUCGAAUGUGUUGAUCACAGUGCGGCCCAGUUGUCCUAAUUCGAAGCCGGGGGCUAGAUUUGGAACGUCGCAGGAACAUGGAGGAACUAUGAGGGGAGGAGGAGAAGGAGAGAGGGAGAACAGACUCUCUGCUGGAGGCCAGAUUCUGAUAUCAUCCAGUUGGGACUACAGCAGAACACAGUGACUACUCGUCAGAUGUUGAAGCGAUGGCCGUGUGGACUGAGCUAUAGCGCUGCAACAUUCAUACACAUAGAUGCCCCCCUCCUAACCCCCUGAGCCCCCUACAGCCUCCCCACCCUCCCUCUCUCUCCUCCAUCUCUCCUUCCUCUGUCAUCCCUCUACCCCCUCUGAUCCCAGCCUCUUUCUGAUCUAAUUGUCUCUCACUGUCUUCUUCUCUCUCCUUUUCUCUGCAUCUCUCUAUUUCUCUCCAUCACCCCCCCUCUCUCUCUCCCGCCCUCCAUCAUGGCGUGUUGUGGUCGCUCUCUUGACUCCCCCUGUACCCUGGCCCUAUUGGUGGGCUUCCAGUUUGCCUUUGUGGUCUACUUCUCCCUGGGGGGCUUCAGGGGGCUGGUGUCCGUACUGGUCCACUCUGAGCAGCCUGAGUUUGACUACUCCCGCCCCCACGACGUGUACACCAACCUCAGCCACCUGGGGGCGCCACCAGCCCCCCACAUAGGCACCGGACCACCAGGGACAGGGGCUCAGCUGAAGGACUGCAAGGUGCCCUCACCACUACUGGUCGGUCCUGUGUCUGUGCGUCUGUCCUCGCCUCUCUCUCUGGAGGAGAUCAGGGAGAGGAACCCGUUGGUGUUACCGGGAGGCCGGUACAUCCCCCCAGACUGCCAGCCGCGCCACCACACUGCCAUCGUGGUGCCGUACCGUAACCGCCAGACUCACCUCCGAGCCCUACUCUACCACCUCCACCCCUUCCUACAGAGACAACAGAUUCACUACAGUAUCUACAUAGUCCAGCAGUGGGGUAACUCUACAUUUAACCGGGCUAAGCUGUUGAAUGUUGGGGUCCGCGAGGCGCUGAGAGACGAGGACUGGGGGUGUAUCUUCCUACACGAUGUAGAUCUGCUGCCUGAAAAUGACCAUAACACCUACACCUGUCACAAUCAGUUCCCCACACACCUCUCCGUUGCCAUGGACAAGUUCAGAUACAGGUUGCCGUACCCCCAGUAUUUCGGAGGGGUAUCUGCGGUCACACCUGAGCAGUACAUGAAGAUGAACGGAUUCCCCAACACCUAUUGGGGCUGGGGUGGGGAGGACGAUGACAUCGCUGCCAGAGUGCGUCUGUCUGGGAUGAAGAUAGUGCGCCCUCCAGUGGCCAUCGGACAUUACAAGAUGAUCAAGCAUAAAGGAGACAGGGGCAACGAGCAGAAUCCACGCAGGUUUGACCUUCUGAAACGGACCAGGCUCAACUGGCAUUCUGAUGGUCUGAACUCUCUGACCUACGAGCUGUUAUCCAAAGAGCUGCAGCCUCUCUAUACCAACCUGACGGUCGACAUCGGGGAUGACCCUCGUCUGCCCCAGAGGAAAGCCACGCCUCCUAUGCCCAAACGUGAGGUGAAGGGGGAUGAAUUACCUCCCCUUGUGCCAUGGAGCAAACAUGGAUCAAAGAGGAGGGGAGACACACCCCUUGCAGCCAAACAUGACGUAAAGGGGGAGGGGCAAGCCGUUAAAGUGGGUGUGGUUACAGCUGUGACUACGGCUAAACCUGACAAGGUAGACCACGCCCAGUCAAAGACAGUGCAUCAGACUGUAGAUGAGAGGGCGGGUGUGGUAAAGUAGGAAGAAGGCUGGGCUGGAGAUAUGGGGUGCAUCUCAUUGGUCUAAAGCUUCCCCCUCUCUUCUUCUCUCCUGCAUCUGAAAACACAGGAUGGGUGUUAGCAAUGUGGAGGAUGUUACUGUCCUGUCCAGUUCUACCACAUCAGUGCAGAUGAAGGAAAGGACAUGAUGAGAUGAAGCCAUUUUAGACUAUUGAGAUCCACACUAAAAUGACACACCUUCUGUUCCUUGAUUAUCAUAGGGUCUCUUAUGAGGGGACCAGUAAAGCUAGCUAUGUCCGUGAAACUAGAUAUUGUGAAGGAUAGGGCUUAGGCUACAGCCAACUCAAAACCCUUCUGAAUGUGACUCACCUCCAGCGACAGUCACGGUAUUCAAACAAACUCUCCACCCUUCCUCUCUCAGAAGACUAAACCACUGAACCAGACAACUGGUAUGUGGAGGGUGUUGUAGUCUUCUGAGAGAGGACGGGUGGAGAGGUUUUAGAACCACUGGUCUGAUGGACAGGUAACGUCAUGUGUGGUGAACAUUAAUUCUGAAGAGAGUGAUUGUGACAUCAGCAUUUAAUCAAACCCAAUUAAAACUCCGGAGUUCCUUUUUUCAGCCAAUGGGAUGCCAGAUCUUGCGAGCAACCAAUCCGCUGCCAACCCACUGCUGCUCUCAGCCAAUCAUCUCCUAGUUGACUUCUGGCUUCAGCCUAUCCGCUCCCAGAAACUGCUGCUGUUGGUCCGCCCUAUUGUGUGGGUCAGUGUUUCUGUGCCUUCUCUCUUCUAUUGCUCUUUUAUGGAGUGGGACAAAGUUGUCCCUAGACGCUGAUCUGGGGUCCGUUUUCUGUUGUCCCUUUUAUGGUUACGUAUAUAUAUUGGGUCAGGGUAAACUGAUGCUAAGUCUGUAUCUACAGACAACUUCUUCUCCGAGCACCAUUUUAUAUCCGUUUGCCCGAUCAGUGCUUUCACCCUCCAGACGUAUCAGAUGACUGUAGGAUUUAUAUUUAUAUAGAGAUGUUUGUUUACUUUGAGUCGGGUGCCUCUUGAUUGUGUAUUUGGGUUUAGAGACAAUCUAAUCUAAGGGUAAAAAUGUAAACUGUGUUACUAAUCGCUUCACAUAGAGAAAGAAAUCUCUACGUAAAGGGAAGUUAAGUAUUCUAUGCCUCAAAUACCAUAGACUUGGUUCUAUAGUUUGUUAUCUAGUUUGAAUAUACUGUCUUUAAGUGAGUGAACUUAUGUCCAUCCAGUACAGAAUCCCUCAUAGCCAUCCAUGUUGAUUUCAUAUCAGCCAUCUGGAAUGUACUGUACAUACUUUAUCAUACUAGUUUACUAUAAUCCAAAAACGAUAAGAUAUGUUUUAGUGAGGGGAGGUUCUGGAACCAGUUUGUGAGAGGAGCUAUAAGGUAACUAACUACCUGUACUGCAUUUCCUGCUGCGAUGUGAUUGGAUAAAGGAGUGUGUCUGGGGGGUUCUGAAGAUUCUCCUGUGUAGAACAUAGGGUUUCAUUAGAGAGAUGCUCAUUUCAAGCUUAUAUGCUUUUCAUGAGUUGAUAUAAAAACAUAUUCAGAUCCACAUUAACUGUUGAAGAAUCAGCAACUAUUCUUCUUGGGGUCCACACAAAACAUAGAACAUGACAAAAUACAGGUUACUAAUGGACAAGAACAGCAACACAAACAAUACGAGUAUUUUAAAAAGAAGAAAGAGAAAUUAAUAAUAUUAAUCUUAAACAUUCAAGAAUAAUGUGUGUUUUGAAUGGGUUUUUUUUUCAUGAUUUAUUUCACUUAACUACUGUUACUGAUGCUAAUUUGAAUGUAUUUUAUUUAUUAAACUACUGUUAGGAUUUGGGUUUUACCCGUUAAGCUUACUUACAGCAGUGAGUAUUUACUCAAGAGGAGCAUUCCAUAGCAUCAACAAUGACUCAUAUCAGAAUGUAGACCAGCCUUUUAACGUGAAAGAAAGGGUGGUUCAUAUUAUCCAUGUAGUUGUCAUGGUUACUAGCACUGUGCUGAACUUAUAUGACAGACUUAAAGUUCCCAACCUUGCAGAUACUGUAGAAAUUAGAUUUAGAAUGGAAACAAUUGAAUUCUUUAUCAGGUAGAACAGCUAAUUUGAUAUAUUCUAUAUUUCUAUUUCUGUCUUCUACAUUCUAAACAUUAUGCCUCAAUAAGCCCCAUGUUUUAAAGAAUGGAAUGCUGUAGGCAACCCUGUUCCUGGAGUGUCGCAGGUACUGCAGGGUUUUGUUCCAACUAGUCACCACACAUGACCAACUGAGCCAUGCAGCACUCCAGGACCCCUGCUGUAGGCUACGUACUGUAUGUCUCUGAUUCAGUGUACAGCAUAUCAUACAUAUAUGCCCUCUUGCUGUCUGAGAGAGAGCUUUACUUUUUUACGGCCGUGAUUGGGAGUCCCAUAGGGCGGCGCACAAUUGGCCCAGCGUCGUCCGGAUUAGGGUUUGGCCGGGGUAGGCCGUCAUUGUAAAUAAGAAUUUGUUCUUAACUGACUUGCCUAGUUAAAUUGAAAGAAUAUAUAUAUAUAUAAAUAAUAAUUACCUGGGUGCUUUCUAAUAGAGGAGGGAGGGAGGGAGGGUAUGGGAAUCAAGGCCUCUGACUGUACAAUAGGAAUAUUAAUCAAUACUGUCAAUCUAUAUCUGCACCUUGUACCCAAUUAACUCCUUACAAUGAGGAUGAUGAAAUGCCACCCCCAUCUUUGAGGUCACCUUUUCAACUCACGUGUGUGAGAUAUUUUAGAGAAUUAGAGAAAGAGAAUAGUAUGUUGACUUUAAAUUCACUACACAGGUGGCAUACCAGCGAAACUACUGUAUACCCACUAUAACCAUACACUACUUGAUGGUGAUGGUGGUGAUGAUGCCAUCCACUAUUAAUCAAUUGUAAGUGAUCAUCCAUAGGAUAUAUCUGCAGUCAUAUUAACACAGCUCUUCAUAGGGACAUAACCGACUAGUGCGUAUCAUAGGAGACAGUGUGUACCUGGAAAUCAUUCUAUAUUUAAUAAAAUAGCUAGUUUUCUAUCAGAUGUUUGGUGUAAAUGCAGGGGAAAUAGUAUAGACUACUAUAGGCAAUCUAUUGUAACUUUAAUUUAGUCACAUGGUUCUGACUUUUAUUUCUAAAACAUGCUUUUUACUUUUUCAAUCAUGAUCAGUUUGGUGUGUUGAUUUCCAUACUGAUAGCUGUGUGGUAACAUACUGUAUUGAAAAGUGUUAGAAUAUUAUUGUAGUUUUAAGGGGAUAUGAAUUAUAUCACUUGGACUGGAAGUUGAAUGGAAGGUUAUGACAUGUGCUUUAGUCACUGUAUUGAGUUUCUAACCUGAUUUCCACCUUCAGAUUAAAAUGAACUAUCAUAUUUAGAGGAAAUGGACACUGGACAGCUCUAGUCAUCUGGGGUUGCCGUGUCUGCUGGGUUGUGUUUGGGAGUGAGAGGGGGGGAGAUAAGGAGAGGCCAGCAGAGAUGGCACCCGAGAGAGAUUGGGGGUUAUUCUUUGGGCCAUGUUGUGGAGUGUUGUGUUUCAUGACUACACAGAGAAAACAUACCAAUAAAACACAUUCAAAAGCA